ACAAGUGUCAAUGCUGUGUGUAACUAGAAAUGGCUACAUAAAAGAUAAAAACUUCUGCUUUCCCUCUACAAAAUAGUGAUUCCAAACUUACCACUCCUUGUUUACUUGGCCAUGGAUGGAGCACAAAGGCCUCAGUUCUUCAAGGUCCUUCAACAGGGUUGCAAACUUUCAAUUCCACUGGCAUUUGUCAAACAUAUCAGUGAUGAUAAUCAUGGAAAAGCCACCAUAUUCUCUCUUGGAAAAUUCUGGCAUGUAAAAAUUCAAGCAGACGGCGAAGAAUUGUUCUUCGGAGACGGUUGGGAUGAAUUAGUGUCAGCCCUUGAACUCAAUGAAGGUUUUUCUCUUGUGUUCCGCUACGAAGGCAACAUGGUUUUCACUAUAAAGGUUUUCGAUAAAAGUGGUUGUCGACAAUUCAAUACUCUAAAGAAGAGGAAAUUAAUCAGUCCUGCUGAUGACACCAGUACUGAGAUUAAUGCAAUGAAGAAUGAUGUGAGAAGCAUCAACAUUGAGAAAUCCAAGUUGCCGGGAAAUAUUCAACGAAUGGAAUUGAAGAAGAAGAACUCACAUAUAAGUCGUUUUUCGGCUCCAUUUAUCGACAUAAAGAAAGAAGUUCAAUUUAGCAAAACAAUAACCAGAAGCAACUUGAUUUAUUCCUAUCUGAGUGUUCCUCUUUCAUUCUGUUCAUCAAAUGGUUUUUCGACAUCUCAGACGGUGAUACUCACAGAUUCAGAAGGGAAGACAUUCACAGUGCAUCUUUCUUGCCCCACACGAUCACCGAAAUUCGGUAAAGGUUGGAGUGUGUUCUCUGGGGAAAAGAAUUUGCAAGAAGGAGAUACAUGUAUCUUUGAACUGGAUUCAGAAAACAAGAACAUAAUGCAUGUCCAGAUAACCAAAAAACAAAGCUCAUGACAAAAUAUUUGUGUCAACUCUGUUGUUCUUGUGACACUUUAGAAAGGUUUAUGAUGUAGAACAAGGUUUUUGUGCAAUGUUUUGAGUAUCAGUGGUCAUUUCUGUUUAAUGUGGUAAAAAUGAAUGAAUGUGUUGAA